CCAGAAUUUGCGAUUUGGUUGAUGACGUCUCGCCGUAAAAAUUGCAUUUCUGUGCAAAAUUAUAACUGAAAAAUAUAAUAAUGAGCACAAACAGCGUUGAAGACGACAACCUUCCAUCUAGGACUUCAGACGAAGCUGAUACUCCGAGGAAGAGGAUGCGUCAGGACAAUUCCACGCGUAAGAGCUGGAGUCUUAUGGACAGAAAAACCGAUAUCGAGGUGCUGCAGGACAUGGGUGUGAGCUUGCUUGAGCCUGAUGAUGUGGACCAGUGCGACGUUUCUAUUGCCCUGCACCACAAACCUGGUAUGAAAAGGAAACACAACGACAUAGAGAACGUAAGCCCUAACGUGAACCUGGUCACGUCGCCACAUGUCAAGAGCCCGCGGAGUGCCCUGAAGGUGUGCAGUCCUAGCCCUGGGCCCUCGAAGAGUCCUGGGCCCUCGAAGAGUCCUGGCCAUUCAAGGGGUAGGAGUCCGCGCAGUGCUGAGAAAUCUAGACCACUCCAACAAUCAACAGAACAUCACCUGCUUGAAACCACCUUCGUAUCUGGACAGCUCGCAGACGAGGAGACACCGUUAGCUCAGAUAUGCGACUACUCACCCCCUGCAGGCGCUAGGCUUGAAGCCACAUAUACACCUGGGUGUGUCUCCGAAGACCAGCCCCGGGUUGUCACCUCGGGGGCGGAGUACAGCGGCACGGACUCGUUCGCCGCAUUAUCUGAUGAGAUGAUGCUGAGUGUCUUCCGAUGGCUUCCUAAGCUGACCCUCGCUCAUUGCAUGCUCGUGUGCAAGAGGUGGCAUCGCGUCGCGUGUGACGAGACUCUGUGGCAGCGGCUAGACCUAGGGUUCAAGAUAUUAGCUAAGAAUGCCCUUGGGAAGAUACUAUCUAGGAAACCAAUCAUUGUCAGACUAGCUAAUUCCGAGAUAGGUGAAUGGCAGCCUUCGCCCCCGGCUACUCAAUCCCGCAUACAGUACCUAGACCUGAGUAUGACCGUGGUAGACACAGCCACCCUCAGAAGCCUGUUGGAGCGAUGUCCAAUGUUGACCAAGCUGAGUUUAGAGAGUGUACGAGUGGAUGACUCCGUUACUAGCGUUAUAAGUAAAUGUUCCAAUUUAGAAACUUUAAAUUUAGCAAUGGCUCAAGGCAUUACUGCGGAAGGAUUGAAAGAACUAUUGGAUGGAUGUACCAAAUUACAAUCGCUAAACAUUUCGUGGUGUAAUUUAACAGAAGAAGCGUUGGAAGUGUUAGUGACCUCAUUACCCUCCAGGCUACAACGAUUGAAUCUGGGCGGAGCCAGGAUUAUGACUGAUGACAUGGUAACGAAGCUAGUGGACCGCUGCCCACGCCUGUUGGAGCUGGACUUGUCGGACUGUUCGGCGCUCCGCACGCCCGCCGUGCUCUCCGUGCUCACCCUGCACCGGCUGGAGCACUUAGCCCUGAGCCGGUGCUAUCUCCUGCCGCCGCACGUGCUCACCAAGCUAAGCAGCAUGUCUUCCCUGCAGUACUUGGAGGUGUGGGGUAUGCUGCAGACGGCGUCUCUCAACGCGCUGCGAGCCGCCCUGCCGGCCAUACAGAUCAACCAGUUCAUGUUCAGCGCAAUCGCCCGCCCAACUGUUGGUACUAGAAGAACAUCGAUAUGGGGACUCCGAACAAGAGACUGAUAAGCUAUUUAUUGCAAAAUUAUAAUAAUAUGAAAACGUAAAAUUGUAUAUAAUUUAUACAUUAUUUAAUAUUGUAAAUGUGGGACUUGUGUGUGUAAAAUGAAUGAGACUCCAUCUAAUCUUAUUUUAAGUUAUACCUAUCAUUUUCUUUUCUGCUAAAAAAGAAAGGGACGGGUUAUAGACAGGCAUAAAAUUAUACAUUGUUUAAAGUUUACGCGGUUAUUAUCAUAAUUAAAACACAUAAUAACGGGUUCUUACCGCGUUUAAAGUAGGGAUAUCCCUACUUUAAGAACCCGUUAUUAUGUGUUUUAAUUAGGCAUAAAAUUUAUGGAACACACGUCAAUUUUAAGCAGAUAUCUAAAACAACCGUCUAAAAAUUUUACAUCGGCCAAUAAGAAUAAGAAGAAUAAGAAUAAAAUAAAUUUAUUGCAAGUAACAAUUUACAUUUGCUAUAUGAACUAGGUAAUAAUGAAUAAUGCGAAUACGGACAAAAGGAAAUGGCCCGACAGAGUUAAGUAGUCAGCACGUCAAACGAAUUGCAUACCAGCGCGAUGCCUAUUUUAUUCGCCCGGGUUAUUCAUUCGUUUUAAAAUUAACUUGUUGACAAUCAUUUGUCCCUUUCCUUUUUGGUGGAUAAGAAAAUGACAGGUAUAACAAAAUAAAAUUAGAUGGUGUGUAAGGUCACGAGCAUUAAUAUGUAUACACUUUGGUCUAUCUUACUAUGUCACAUUAACUUUUUUGACAAAUUGAACUGUAAGUCUCUUUAAAUGUCAAAUAUGUUAGUGCGACAGAGUCCUAAAGUGGGUGGGUAUUGCUCAUGACUGUACAGGAAUCAGCACGAGUAUUAGGUUUGUAUUUCCAAAUUGUUUGUAAUUAAUUCCCCUCAUUUGAAGUGAUUUCUGCAUUUAUUUGAUUUUUAAUUACGCUUAAAUAAAAAAAUGAUUUUAAAAUAU